GAGUAGUUCUCAUCCCAAAAUAUAUAUCAGCAGUUUUGCUCCAAGUCUCACUUACCGAGUUGCUGCUAAAAAAAUGGCCCUGCUGACCCGCUGCCUGCUGAAGGUCCCCAAGACCCCAUCCCUGGGCGGGUCAUCACCGCGGCUCAUCUCCACCACCACCACUUCCUCCUCCAGGAAGAAGAUAAGCUACGCCCUUCUGACCGGGGCCGCCACAGCCACCGUGAUCCUCACCGCCACUCUAGAAACCUCGACCUCCGCCUCCGACCUCGAGCUCCACCCACCCCACCUCCCCUGGAACCACUCUGGCGUGUUCCAAUCCCUGGAUCACGCCUCUAUCCGCCGUGGCUACGACGUUUAUAAACAAGUCUGCUCAGCUUGUCACUCGAUGAGGUUCAUCGCGUAUCGGAAUUUAGUCGGGGUUAGUCAUACCGAGGCGGAGGCGAAGAAGGAGGCCGAGGAGAUCACCGUCACGGAUGGGCCCAAUGAGGAGGGAAACAUGUUCACCCGGCCUGGAAAACUCUCCGACUACUUCCCCUCUCCCUAUCCGAACGACGAGGCCGCGAGGGCCGCAAAUAAUGGCGCCUUCCCCCCGGAUCUAAGCUACAUCACUGCCGCCCGGCAUGGAGGGGAAGACUACGUGUUUGCUUUACUAACUGGGUAUUGCGAUGCUCCGGCCGGGGUGCCGUUGAGGGAGGGGCAAUAUUUCAAUCCGUACUUCCCAGGGGGGGCCAUUUCAAUGGCGCAGGCGUUGUAUAAUGAGGUUUUGGAGUACCCGGACGGGACUCCAGCCACCGCCUCGCAGUUCGCCAAGGACGUCUCCACGUUUCUAAAGUGGGCCGCAGAGCCGGAGCACGACGAUAGGAAGCAGAUGGCUUUGAAGGCGACAAUGAUGUUCUCCAUCCUGGCGAUGAUCAGCUACUACUACAAGCGCCACAAGUGGACGGUAUUAAAAUCUAGAAAAAUCGAGUUCAAGCCGUGGAAAUAAACUAAAUUAUUCAAAUUCUGUAUCUGUAGUUAAUUGAAAUGUAAAUAAAUUUAUUCAUAAAAAGAAAUUAA